UGUCAGUGACGAGACAGCAAAGGGAAAAAGUGUUGACCGUCGCUUGCGAGCUAUGGUUGAUAGUGACAGGCACAAGUCUCUGGCCGCAAGUUUCCUCAUGGGUGAAGUGAACUCGGAUGUUCUCAAGAACAGCGUAUAUUCCCAGUUUCCCAGCCUCUGUUCGCUACAGGCGUCUGCCGAGGAUGUGGUCAACACAUGGAGGAGUACGUUUCGUUGAAGAAAACUCUGGAUAUGGUCAAUCGCACAAUGCUGGACUACCACAAGCUGACCCAGCAAUGGCGCCAGGAGGCAGCCGACCGAGAGCAGCAAUAUAAACAGCAGCUAAAGGAGUGCCAGGAGCAGGUGGAAAAACUACGUGCAGAAACUCAAAAGCUCAAGGCUGAACUGGAGACGAAGCUGGAGCAGAUCAAGUUAGUGCAGGAUAUACGGCAGAAGGAGCAGGAUGAGCUCAGACAAAGUGUUUCAGAGAAGACGUCACUGAUCAACAAUAUGCGUGUGGAAAUUGACAAGCUUCAGCAGAUCAAGCUGAAUUCCUUCGAGUUUGUACUGAAAGAUAGCGAAAAGGUGGCGGAGAUGGAAGUGAGCAAUCCGCUGAACUAUGUGCAGCGAGAAGAACAUCGUCAGAUUCGGGAACUGAAGAAAAAAGUAUACAUUCAGGAGAUCGAUUGCUUAAAGGUGAACCUGACAAGCGCCCAAGAACUUAUGGACAAAAUGCAGCGCGAUAUCAAUCAGCUAAUGGCCAGGGAUAUCCAAAAACAGGAACAGAUUGAGCAUCUGCAGACACAAAACGAAAUCUACCGGAGAGACAUUGAAAUGGAGCGAGCGGAUCGCGAGAAGAAUGCUGGCGAAAAGGGUCAGUAUCUUUUGGAUCUGCGGGCGUUACAGAAGCGGAUCCAGGAGUUGAUUGAGGCUCUUGCCGAGUCCCACAAGUCCCCCAAAUCCGGCUCCCCCUCCCGAUCGAGCUCGGGCAUAAGUAGUUUACGCGAGGACCAGAGACCAGUAAGAGUACUAGAUCCAACAGGCGCCGCCGCUAGGCCUUCGGACAGUGCCCUGCGCUGCCCCAUCUGCUCAAAGUCCUUCAAUUCCUUGAGUGUAUUGCAGAGUCAUGUCAAUGAUUGUUUGGACAAGAACUAAGCCCUUUAACUAAUCGUUUAUUUAUGGUAUCAUUUAUUCUUACGCUUCAAACGGCACACUUUAUAAAAUAGCACAUUAUUUUAUCAAUUACAGUGUCAGUAGAAAUCUAUAAUUGCAAUAGAA